CAACAUUGACCGCCGACCCUUGGCUGCGUCGACUACACAUUUCCCCUUUGUAUCUAUUCUCUUACGCAUACAUUCGACCUUUUGACAUCUACAAAAUGGAUGAGAUCGCACCAGAGUACGAUGUUAUUGUGCUAGGCACAGGUUUGACUGAAUGCGUCUUAUCGGGAGUGCUCUCGGUCAAAGGCAAGAAAGUCCUCCACAUCGACCGGAACGAUCACUAUGGCGGUGAGGCUGCGUCGGUGAACAUUGAGGCUUUGUUCAAGAAAUACGGCCACAACACAGGAGAGCCGUGGAAGAAAUAUGGCCGGGUCAACGACUGGAACGUUGACCUCGUCCCCAAACUCUUGAUGGCCAAUGGCGAACUUACAAACAUCCUCGUCUCGACUGAUGUUACCCGAUACCUCGAAUUCAAGCAGAUCGCAGGCAGCUUCGUACAACAAGGAGCAGGUCCAAGGGCCACCGUGGCCAAGGUCCCCUCCACAGCUGGAGAAGCCUUAAGCUCGCCGUUGAUGGGCUUGUUCGAAAAGAGACGAGCGAAGAGGUUUCUAGAAUGGGUUGGGUCAUUUGAAGACAGCAACCCGUCUACACACGGCGGACUCAACAUGAACAAGUGCACCAUGAAGGAAGUCUAUGACAAGUUUGGCCUAGAGGUGACAACACGAGACUUCAUUGGCCACUCGAUGGCCCUUUUCCCGACCGACGACUACAUCAACACCGCCGGCCAGGCCAAGGACACUGUCGAGAGAAUCAAACUCUAUGCCAACUCAAUGGCUCGAUAUGGCAAAUCACCCUACAUCUAUCCGCUCUACGGUCUCGGUGAACUCCCACAAGGCUUCGCCCGUCUCUCUGCCAUUUAUGGCGGAACGUACAUGCUCAACACCUCUGUGGAUGAGAUUAUGACUGAGGGUGGCAAGGUCAGCGGUAUCAAAGCCACGAUGCGCGAACGUGGCGAUGAGGGAGAGGGCAUGAACUUCACCACAAAGACGAAAAUGAUCCUUGGCGAUCCAUCAUAUUUCCCCAACAAAGUCCAGGUGGUAGGACACCUGCUCAAGGCUAUCUGCAUUCUAAACCACCCGAUCGACAAGACCGCCGAAUCUGACUCUCUGCAACUUAUCAUUCCUCAAUCCCAGGUUGGUCGCAAACACGACAUUUACAUUGCCAUGGUAUCUUCCGCACACAACGUUUGUCCUAAAGGAUACUAUAUCGCUAUUGUGUCGACGAUUGCCGAGACGACCGCCAACCAUCAUCUCGAACUUCAGCCUGGCCUGGAACGCUUGGGCCGCAUCGAGGAGAAGUUUAUGGGUCCACCUAUCCCACUCUAUCAGCCUUUGGAGAGUGGUCAGAAUGACCAGAUCUUCAUUUCCAACAGCUUUGAUGCAUCGAGCCAUUUCGAGACUGUCACGGAAAACGUGCGGGAUAUCUACCGCCGGGCAAUGGGUGAAGAGCUGAAGGUCGAAGGACUGAGGGAGGGUCAGACGCUGGUAGAGGAGUAAAUGUUGUGGACAUGUUGUUCUGAGAGCAAAUCGUGGUGACAUUCGGUGCUGUUCCAUACCAUUCACCCUCGCGACGGAGAAGACGAGAAUAAUGCCUCAGGCAGGGUCGAUGUGGCAAUGCCACUUGACCGAGAGUGAGCAAGACAAGUUUAUGCAUGGCGUACGGAGUCACAUCGUACAUUCAAGAGUCUUAGCCUAGAUGACAGCACAUUUGGAUUGAAGCCACAAUUCUGGGUUGAUCAUAUCCUGACGUUAUUACCCUGCCUGUCGCGGGUGCCCUGAAAGCCAGCGUCGCUUUCAACU